GUUGAAUUUUAUGAAAUAGAAGACCAAUAAAUACAAACUAGGAUAGUAAUGUAACUAUAGCUCCCAUAUUAUUGAUUAGACUGUUGGUAUCAUUAAGAUUUAUGUGAGAUAAUUGGAGUAAUGAUGAAAAAGUUAGUUCAUAAAAAUUGAUAGUAAUCACUCUGAUGAUUCCAGAGAAAGUAAAGUUAUUAACAAAUUUAGUACAUUUCUAUCUAACAGUAAGUAUUGACCCUCCCACAAUUGAGCCUAAACUAUUGAGCGUAGAAGGGGUAAUGUGAUGUAGUAGUUUAGAAAUGAUAAGUGAGGAAUAAUAGAUAGCAAAACUGAUGGAGAAAAAUGUUAGACUGGGU